AUGGUUAAUUAAUUCAAAAACAGAAGUAUCCCGGCUGUAAAAAUAUUGCCAGUUUGUUUAAGAUGGCGAUUUACGCAGGUGUCUGGGCCUCAAUCGCGUCGCUAGCGCUUAUAGCUUGUCUUGUGCUCGGCGUGUACGCUCAAGCGACAUUUAAAUGGUGGGAAAUCAAAACUAAUCUGGCGGAUACUGAGUAUUAUUUUGGUCUAUACCGAAUAUGUCGCUCUGAUUUAAGUGGAGAAACAUGCUAUCGCUUUGAUAAAGAUGGAAUGACAAACCUCAUGAACGACACAAUAGGUUUGCAGUAUAAAACAAUGAACAUCUUGGAACCAGAAACGGACGACAGUACAAAUAUUUGGAUCAUUUCAUUCUUCUACAUUGCAUUUGUUGGUAUCUCCACAUUCGUGUCGUUUUAUAUCACGUCGCAAACUGCCAGUGGAAAGUCGAUGCAUUUAACUAUUUGUAUCGCAGCCGGGCUUACCCUCAUUGGAGUUUCACUUGGUGUCACCUGCAUUGCUUAUGGUUCAUUGAGAAAGGAUGACUUAUUUGAACAAGGAGUAACAUUUUUGAACAAGCAAGGCCAGACAACAACAAACGUCAAAUUUCGUGGCUUGUCAUUUAAGUUACAGUUGAUAUCCGUAUGUUUAAUGGUCCUACCUUUCGUUAUUUACAUGCUUCUGGUCAUACCAACGAAAAAACGAUAUGCAAUGAAGAAACUGGUUAAAGAAGACAACUGAGUAUCUACACUCACAGCAAUCUUUAUCGUAAAUAAACCAUUCAGUGCUGCAUACACGAGAAAGUAGAUUCACUAAAAAUGCACAUAUUUUUUUACUAAGAAGUUGUACAGUCACACUUAAUAUGAAGGAAUAAAAUCUUAAAUCGUGCAA